UACACUGCGCGCACUACGUUGUUUCCGGUUAGCUACUGGCUAUCGUGAGACACCGGGAUGAUCAGACCUCAUUCAACGGGCCCGUGUUUUUUAAGUAAACCCGCUGGUCUUCGUUAUUGGAACUGUAAUAUCGAUGAUUGCCGUCAGCACUACGAGAGUGACCAGCAUUGGUCCGCUAGACGUCAGUUCAUUGUGAAACACAUUGAAGAGUUCGAGGGAAAUGCUCUUGAUAAGCUACUGGCCCUGUCGAUGGUCUGGGUUAACCAUGUUUUCCUGGGAUGCAGGUAUGGCUCCCAAUUGAUGCACAAGGUGCUUGAGAUGGCAGAAGGGAUUGAUGUUGGCAAAAUGCUCUCAUAUGAACUAGUUCCAAACGUUGAAGCAAAAAAGAGGCUAUAUUCAUCUGAUGGAAGUGAAGAGCCCAUGAGGAAGAUGCCUUUGUCAAAAUUCACAUCCAGACCUCGAUUUGAACCAGUACACUUUGUAAGUGGCGGAAGCAGUGGCAGUCGAAUUGGAGAAACUGACGAAAAGGAAAACGAGAAGGAGCGCAGGAGGGGUGAGAUGAAUGACGUAAGACAAAGGGAACCAGAUCAUCAGCCGUAUAAUGGUAACCGGUAUGGUUAUGAUUCUUUGCAUGAGCACAGAAGUAAGGACGUGGCCUCGGGCGGCACAAGUGGGCUUGGCUAUGGCAGCAGAGGGUCCACCCCGAACUUCAUGGGCAAGGUGCAACAGGAGUACACCGCUAGAUAUGAGGCGCAUACUGGCAGACAAUCGGACUCCUUCUCACAUGCAGGCCGAGCUAAUGGAUACGGAAGUGCUGGACGGUCUGGAGCCUGGGAUAGCGGACGGCGUGGACUGGGAUUUGGACACCAGGAUAGACCGACGUCCAGCAAGGCUUUCAGCAGGUUAUACGACGGUCCAAACAGAGGCGGCUCUGGCCUUCUCCCAACACCCUCACUGCUGUUAUCUAUCCCCACAUCAACAAUUGACGAAAAACAGAGGCUGAUUACCAGAGUAUCAUCGGCCGUUGCCAUUACCCUGAGAGAUCCUGCGUUCAUGAGUGGACCAGACAUGCCAAACUACAAUUUCAUACUCAGCCGCAGCAUUCAGGCUUGCAAGACGAACCCAGAGUACAUCUAUGUUAAUUUAAGAGAUAUUCCACCCGCUGACCUUCCUAAAAACAGAAAAGUACCCUCUGAAGGAUAUGCAUGUGAACUUAGGUGUCAGUCUGUGUACCUUGCCACAGGGUACUCUGGAAGCAAAAACGGUGCCAGAGACAGAGCAUCAGAACAGGCCGUCAAGCUGUUCAUGAGGCCGGUGGAAAUUCGUGUCCUGCAACGGCUGUACAAGCAUACUUCCGUUAAUGAUAUGGUGGUGUGCCAGGUUCACACUCCAAACCCAAUCCUACCCCCACCUCUUCGCAACCCCGAGGACAAGCCACUCCCUAGUACCAAGGGCCAGUAUGAGCCUGACCGAAGCAAACACUGGACAGAAUUUGUAAUCAUGGAGAACGCACAUGAUGCCAUCUGUAUACUCAACAACUCGGCUGCGUUCAACCGCAUGAAAGUUGAUUACACUUUUGACCCGGUUCCCAACAGCAAUUUAUGGCUCUGUAGUGUGUAUUUACAGGACGAGCUGGUGGCAGAAGCCAGAGGGACCAAGAAGAGCUCAAAACAUGCAGCGGCAGAGGCGGCAGUAAGGAAGUUGCGAAUGAACCAGACUGCUCGUCAACAAGAGCAGCAACAGCAGCAGAAUUUUUCUGGAGGCAACCACACUACAGACCACCCUGGCAGUCGCUACGCCCAGCAAAGCAACAAGAAAGCACAGCUAGGAGAAUUGGUCAUCCUUGAAAACUCUGAUAACGCUAUUUGCAUAAUAAAUGACACCGCUCAAUUUAAUAAAGUGCUUGCUGACUACAAGUUUACGGUUCUGCCAGACCAUCGCUGGAGGUGUGAAGUUUACCUCGAUGGUCAGUAUGUGGCUGCUGGCCUUGGACCCAAAAAGACAGUGAAGCACAUUGCAGCAGAGGAGGCCCUCGCCACACUUCGGCGCACACAAGCUGUGGUGAAGUCCAACCUCAGAAAAGAGGGCCACGUGGAUGCAAUUUCCCGAAAUCAAAUCAUGGCUCGUUCUGGAGAGGAAUCCAUGCGGCAGGAGAUCAAGGAGGACAACAUUGGUAACCAGCUACUUCGUAAGAUGGGCUGGACAGGUGGUGGUUUGGGUAGAGAAGGAGAGGGCAUUGCUGAACCCAUCAAGGUCAAAGAGCAGUUUACCAGGGAAGGACUCGGUAUGGACAUGGACAGGCACGGUAAUCAGCUGACUAAGCGUGAUAUUGAGGAAAUAAUUCGGAAUUAUGCGAGUUCAGACCGUCAAGAUGACCUGCGCUUCUCCACAGAGCUUAACAAUGAAGAGCGCAGGCAGAUACACCAAGUAUCCCAAAGAUAUGGGCUGCGCAGCAAAUCAUACGGACAGAGCCGACAGCGCUUCCUCGUGGUUAGCCGCAGAGUUCAGAAGGAACAGCUGAUUGGUCAGCUAUUGCAGGAGGGGCAGGUGGGACGAUAUGAACUGGUGAAACCUCAGGCUUCACAAUGACUAGGCUCAGCAGCCCUCUGAGAAACCAACAGAUGACCAUUAAUAAAAGCAAAGUGGUGUUACUUGUUACUUUUCCUUUAAUUUGUUUCCGAAGAGUGUAAAAUAUAUUUUUUGAAAAGCCUGGAAAACCUGUCAGUUCUCAAUGACUAGUUGUGUACCCUUUGCCUCUCUUUACCAUGUAUUUCUGUACACUUUGUUGAGAUUUGUCAUAGGUUAGAUCAAGACCAUAUGAUAAACACGUUACUAACUUAACUUUUGUCAUAUAUAUCCUGUGAAUUAUAUUUAUUGAUAUGGAUGUUAGUAGUGGGGCCUUAUGGCAGCAUGUGCUCUUCUCUGAAAUGACAUUCCAUUUUAUGUUUCACAAUGGACAAGAUAUCAUUCACUCAGUCUUUCAUCUGUUGUAAGAUAAUCACUUGAAAUAUAAAAAUAUCCUUUAAGUAAUUACAAAACGGUAUAUAUAUUUUUUUGUCAUUUUCUGGUUGUUGAUUGUAGAAUUCAAUAUUUAUCUCAACCUUAAAUCUUUCAACUCCCUGUCUGGCAAAUGCCUGAACAGCAAUCCCUGUAAAGUUUGCUAUUGCGAAUACUGUCAACCAGUCUGCUUGUACUGACACAUUAAAUUUAGUCUGGUCAUUGUUCAUUUUCUAGCUCAU